GUACAUCUUAGCCAAUCAGCUUCUGCAAAGCGUCCUAAGCUGACGUCAGCCCGGUACCCAUGAACAACCGGUAGCGUUGAAGAUAGUAUGGUCUCCUGUUGUUUGUAGUUUUCUUCUUUUUAACGCCCCUGUCCAACGUGCAAACAUCAUGACUUUCGAUGUUAGGAGAUUUGAUAUCUACAGGAAAGUGCCAAAGGAUCUCACCCAGCCAACAUACACAGGAGCUUUCAUUUCCAUCCUCUGCUGUGUCUUCAUACUCUUCCUCUUCCUGUCUGAGCUGACGGGAUUCAUAGCCACUGAAAUUGUAAAUGAACUGUAUGUGGAUGAUCCCGAUAAAGACAGUGGUGGGAAGAUAGAAGUGAGUUUAAACAUCAGUUUGCCAAACUUACACUGUGAUUUGGUGGGUUUGGACAUCCAAGAUGAGAUGGGACGCCACGAGGUCGGUCACAUAGAGAACUCCAUGAAGAUUCCCCUCAACCAGGGUGAUGGUUGUCGCUUUGAGGGAGAGUUCAGCAUCAACAAAGUACCGGGAAACUUCCACGUGUCGACACAUAGUGCCACAGCACAGCCUCAAAGCCCUGACAUGACCCACACCAUCCACAAGCUUGCCUUUGGAGAAAAGCUCCAGGUACAGAAAGUCCAAGGAGCCUUUAAUGCUUUAGGAGGGGCAGACAAGAUGUCAUCUAAUCCUCUUGCUUCACAUGACUACAUAUUGAAGAUUGUACCAACAGUGUAUGAAGACCUCUCAGGCAGACAGAGGUUCUCUUAUCAGUACACAGUAGCCAAUAAGGAAUAUGUUGCUUACAGCCACACGGGAAGAAUUAUCCCAGCGAUCUGGUUCAGGUACGAUCUCAGUCCGAUCACAGUGAAGUACACGGAGCGGAGACAGCCCCUCUACCGCUUCAUCACAACAAUUUGUGCCAUCGUCGGAGGGACGUUCACAGUCGCGGGGAUCAUCGACUCCUGUAUUUUCACUGCUUCUGAGGCCUGGAAGAAGAUACAGAUUGGCAAAAUGUCAUGAUGACUGUUUCCAACCCUCUCCUCACAUCUUAUUUAUAAGUGCAAAGUUGCUAGCCUGUUAGCUAAAUCCAGUCCGAAACGACCUCCUUCAGGAGAUUGUAUCACCUUGUCCAUAUAAGAGUCUCGGGCACUUGAUUUAACUACCAGGCUGCAGGGAUGCGUCUGUUUUAUUAAAGAUCCUCUCUGGCUCCUUCUGCUCCAGUGACGUGAGAAUGCUGACUAUCACAUGUCGGCUUCCUCCAUCUUCAGUGUCAGGAGGGGAAAGGAGAGGAGAUGAUAUCUUUUGUUACUGAGUGUGCCAGGGAUUCAUCCUGUAUUUUUUUUUUUCUUUAAACGUUGCAGCUGAUAUAUUUAGAAUGACACGAAA